UCCCCAGCUGCUCUGACCCUUCCCUCCCCUCUUACUGUCUUACUUACUGCAGUUCUCCUCCGUCCAUUCCAGUUCUCUCCUCUCCUCCCUGCAGUUGUGUGGGUGAACCAUGUGUUGUUCGGUGGGCUUCGCCAGGUCUCUGGGUCUGGCCCUGCUGCCUCUCGCCCUGUGCUGUAUCCUGGCCAACCUGCUCCUGCUGUUCCCUAUGGGGGAGAUCUCCUACAUCCAACAGGACCGUCUGGCCAGCUACAUCUGGUACUUUGGUGGACUAGGAGGUGGAGGACUGCUGAUGCUGGUUCCAGCUGUUGUCUUCGUCACACUGGGGAAAUGCAGUUGCUGCUGGAACGAGAGCAUGAUGAUGUGUGGGUCCGUGUUGGCAGCUGUGGUCGGCCUGGUGGGGUCUGGCUACUGUUUUGUCAUGUCCGGGUUUGCCUUGGUGCAGGGACCCCAGUGCUUCACCUCUUAUGGAUGGACGUACCCCUUUGCAGACCAGGGGGGCAGGUAUCUGUUGCAGCCACAGACUUGGUCACGGUGUCUUCAGCCUGUUCAUAUUGUCGAGUGGAACGUCACUCUGCUGUGUGUUUUACUGGGCUUGGCUGUGCUGGAGUUCAUCAUCUGUCUCUUACAGCUGGGGAACGGUUUAGUCAACGCCGUCUGCCGGCCCUGCUGCUAUAAGCAGGAGUAUAGUCUUAAUGCAUAGACAAACAUGCAUGUGUACGUAGACUCACUUGCACAGACAGUAUGUGCAUGUGCACACAUAAAAAUUCAUACAUGCAGCCUCAUUGCCCAGCACUAUGUGUAUGUGUGUGAGUACAACACAAUACACUAUUUAGACACACCUACACAUGCACUAUUAUGGACAUCUGACAACUAUGUUUAACCACUGUAUUUUCAAUCUUUCAUGUUGCUCAGUUAAAGCAACGUGACAAUAAUGACACCAGGAUGUUUGUCCAGGAAGUGUGUGUGUGUGUGUGUGUGUCCUGUCUACUCCAUAGGAAGAGGAGGAUGUACUUUAUUUUCUAGGGUGGUAAAAUGGUGAAAGAAAGCUCUGCGGACCCACAUGUACAAAUCAUAAGAAAUAAUUGGAGCACCGAAUUGUAGUAGUAAUAAAAAUGUACAGGAUAAUAUGUUUCACUGAAGUAACUGCACAGUUGUCACAUUAACAGUGUGUUAAACACAGCACCAUUUUCAGAAAAUCAAUCAUCCCUUUGUUUGUGUUUGCUUUUGUUGACAUCUGUUCAGUACCUUAAUGAAAUCCAAUAUUCUGACUGUUGAGGUUGCUCACUUUCUUUAUUAUUGUUUUAUACUUUAUACUCUACAUACCUCCAUAAACCCUACACCUACAACACCUGUGUUAUCACAUGAAAAGAACUGCAGCAACAUACUGGAGCAGUGGAUAGAGACCAUAAUGCCUUGCAAAUCAGUGUCAUUUCAUUAGUACACUUAAGAUGGCUGCCACAUUUAGUUUGCCGCCUCCUCCGACAAAGUUUUUGCAAGCUUUCACUUGUAUUCUUGCAAGGGCUGAUGAGCAUUUCCACAAUUUUAGUUUUUUUUUAAAAAGGUGCCAUUUUGUCUGACAAUUAUCAUGAAGCACGUCAAAGUGUCCUUCCUGUUCAGUGUUAUUUUGUGGUUCCAACUUUCAUACACUGUGUUGGAUUCCUUAUGGGUUACAAGCAAUUUGUGUGUGUUUGUACAUUUGUUUUCAUUUUCUCAGUAUUUUGUUGUAAAUUGUUUUCUUUUUUGUCUUCCAGAUUCUAGUUCAGUGUCAGUGACAUUUUAUAUAUAUUUUAGUGACAUA